AGGGCGCAUACACACACGCGCGCGCACAGGGCACAUAUGACGGGCGUGUCAGGAAGUUUCUUCACACACACACUGAAGCAGGAACGCAGAGUUUGAGACACAAUGCCUGGGAAGAAAGUGUGUAUUGUGGGUUCUGGAAACUGGGGUUCAGCGAUCGCUAAGAUCAUCGGUCACAAUGUGAAAGCGUCCAAUCGCUUUGAUCCUCUGGUGAACAUGUGGGUUUAUGAAGAGAUGAUUGAUGGACGAAAACUCACCGAGAUCAUCAACACAGAUCAUGAGAACGUCAAAUAUCUGCCCGGACACAAACUGCCCAAAAACGUGAUGGCCAUUCCUGAGAUCACAGAGGCCGCGAGCGGAGCCGACUUCCUGGUCUUCGUCGUUCCUCAUCAGUUUAUUGGGAAACUGUGUGAUCAGAUGAAACCUCACAUCAAACCCGGAGCCAUCGGGAUCUCCCUCAUCAAAGGAAUAGAUGAGGGUCCGGAGGGUUUGACCCUGAUCUCUGACAUCAUCAGGUCAAAGCUGGAGAUCGAGGUCAGUGUUCUGAUGGGGGCAAACAUCGCCAGCGAGGUGGCAGACGAGAAGUUCUGUGAGACCACCAUCGGAGCCACUAAUGAAUCCAACGGUAAGAUCUUUAAAGAGCUCCUGCAAACUCCAAACUUCCGCAUUACUGUGGUGAAAGAGAGCGACACUGUGGAGCUUUGUGGAGCGCUGAAGAACAUUGUGGCGGUGGGUGCUGGUUUCUGUGAUGGUUUGGGUUUUGGUGAUAAUACUAAAUCUGCAGUGAUCAGACUGGGACUCAUGGAGAUGGUGGCAUUUGCAAAACUGUUCUGCAAGAGCGCCGUCACCUCCGCCACAUUCCUGGAGAGCUGCGGCGUCGCUGACCUCAUCACCACCUGCUACGGUGGACGCAACCGGCGCGUGGCCGAGGCAUUUGCUCGCACGCAGAAGUCAAUCGUUGAACUGGAGGCAGAGAUGUUGAACGGCCAGAAGCUUCAGGGUCCUCAAACAUCUGCAGAAGUUUAUAAGAUCCUUCAGAAGAGAAAAAUGCUGGACAAGUUUCCUCUGUUUGUAUCUGUGUAUCAGAUCUGUUUUGAGGGCCGUCAGGUGAAAGAUUUCAUCAGCUGUCUUCAGAAUCACCCAGAGCACAUGUGAUCGCACCAGUGCAAAAUCAUUCUCAGUAACGCACAAUGACGUCACACUACAAUGAGCCCAGAAAGACCGCCAACCCAUUUUGAUUCAAACUUAAUUUUAAUAUAAAUUCUUCAGUCAAGUGUUAAAAAAUCGAUUUGAAUCUGAACACACUCUCACUCAGGACUGAAACGCUGUUAAACGCACACAACGGUUUGACUUUAUUCCUGUGAUUUGAGAUGUACAUUUAGAGUUAUGAACAGAAUUAUCUUUCAAAUGUUUUACAAUAUUUCUUUUAACCUUUCUUACAGCAAUGUAUGUAAUCUACUUUAUACAGCAAACAAUAAAAGUCAU